GUUAACACGGACGCACCGAGAAAUUGGACUUUUCUACGCUCGUGUCUUCUUAAGAAGGGCCCAGGCCAAGAGACACAAGCGAGAGCCGAAACCACACACAAAUGCAGUCCGUAUGUAAUGUGACACGUCUGCGCGGUGAGCGCCCUGUCUGCUUCAUUCAUCAAAAGGCAGGACUGACGUAAGGACAGAGUAUCGAUUCGAUCUCCUCAAAUCGCUGCUUGCUAGCGACACGCCCUGUAUAACCCCUUACCAAGUAGAAGAAAAGAAAAAGAGUCAUAGCUUGUGCAGUCCACCAUAGCACGACUAUUCUCAGCCACAUCACGCCCCUCUCGCGCUCGGCUCGUAAGACGGGUAAAUUGUGCAGACGCACCAGCAGCUGUACAAGAGAGAGAGACGAGGCUUGUCUACGGUGCAUUCACCGGCUGUCUCAAUGUCUCACGGACGGUAAUCAGAAUGGUCUCCAUGAAGGCUUCAAUCGUAAUCAGCACGAGAAUACCCGCGCAUUUCUCCAGAAUGGGCAUCGCAGAAGAAGACGGAGAGAUGCUUACCUCCUUAGCAAUGAUCUCUAAUAUGUCAGCGAAGAUCAUCACCUGGACAGGUGGAUGGACAAGACAGAGACAAUGGAUAAGUCAUCAUGGCCGGCCUCUUCGUUGGUUUCCUCUACCGUGGACUCCGUUAGCAGCGUGAUCGACACUUGGUCGGCAACGGCCCUCAUGUAUCGCGGCGAGAUGCUCUGUGUGGCAAAAGCGACACUCAUUGACACCUGUCGAAGCAGCCCGGAGUCGCCUCUGCUGAAUGAAGCGCGACGGUCGGCCGAUGUUUCCCCAUGUCUCGCCUUCAAUGCCGAAAGUCUUGCUCUUGCCCAUCGCCUUGAGCCCACAAACAUCAGAAUGCCUAAAAGACGGAGCGCGUCCAAACAUGUGCACAAGGUAUCCAUCCUUACGGUACGGUUGCAUCGUGUCCGUGACAAAGUCAUACCUGCAUUCGAGAAUUGGCAUGCUAACAUGACAGAAAAGUAUCGCACUGGCUCCAUUUGUUGACUUACAUUGCGAAGAGAAAGGAAUUAAGCGCCUUACUCGAUAGCCUCUCCAUCUUGGCUUGCAUCAAUCUUGCAUCAGACUUGCGGGCACGCAAUGAAAUAAUCGAUGUGGUUCAAGGUCCAUUAUCAAGUCACCUUGGAACAAUUAAGUAGGAAAACGUGAUGUAAUUGAGUAGCAGUGACGGCGUCAAGGGGUGACCUUGCUGAAGCAGCCACAAGGAGAAUGUCACAGCUCACAUGGGUAUAUUGAGCAGAGCGUCGUUAGAUGUGCGUGUGCUUUCUCUUGCCUUGACUGAGCGGCAAACAUAGCUUGCCAAACUCAUGAAUGGAGCGCCAGUGAUCAUUGCCACUAUCACUAUCCUUCCACGCUCGCUGUCGCUUGUCGCUACGGCCCCGCGAGGAAGGAACACAGUAAUCGCGAGAAACACCCACACCUGGAAGAGAGUCAAAGAGUGGGGCCAAUUGAAUCGUUCACAUUCACACAGAGGCUUUAUCAACAAGUAAAGACACACCUGGAAGAGGCAUCUGGGAAGGAAACAGUGGACAAUACACUGUGAGACACGUAUUGAUCAUCGUAUUGGUGCGAUUAUUGCCUACAUCAGAGUCAUCUGGGUCGCAUACUCCUUUUUUCUUGCGAAGUGCUCUGUCUGAGCUGCGCGAUAAAGCACCAGGGCGCGAUACAAAUGGUUAAUGCCCAAUGCAAUACAGCGAUCAUACGCCUCCAUUUUUGGGGCCAGCCUUGAAAAUGGGAAACGCUGAGUAGAACGCAGCAUAUCAACAUAGGACCGAAAAUGGGUAAGGUCCGGCGCAUGCGAAUCAGGCUGCGUCGCAGACAAGGGCCCUCGAUCAGCAGGGAGAAAACCACGGGAAAGCUGAGGAUUGUCAACACUCGCCUGGCAAUAUCGAGCAGUAUCCAGCUUCGAUUCCAUGAGUCUCUCGACUGGACGCAUCCAAAAUAGAGGCCGACUCCGAGAGCUGACAAUAAUCCCGCGACGAUAAAGGCAAUUGUGACUUGACGGAGCACGCUCCAUCCCGCACGCCGCAGUGUGAUCGAGAGGGCUUCUGGAGUGUAUCUCGCGACAACGACCUCCUCUGUUGUCCCGUCAUGCCUUCUGAUGGGGCGGUAUUCAAGGGUGCUGUCGAACUCCUCGUGCGCCGCAAAGUCAGCCACAGUCCGAAACUCACGCACCGACUCUGUUAUCUCUCUCUGGGCAAAUCAGAAGACAAAAAAUACUGCAUGCCUUCUGCGUCUGUGUGAGUUUGUGUUUGUGUUUGGGUGUGUGUCUUACCUCCUCCUUCCGAAGUGCCUUAGCUUGCCCUCGAGCUUGCCCGCCCUCUGCCAAAUUGAUGUCCUCACAGCUGCGCUGCCAGCCCAUUUUGGUGUCCUCAGCAGCCCCAGGCUGACCCUCACUAAUCGCGAUGGUGGCCGUCCUGUCCGUUGCUGUCCCGGUAUCGCACACAUGAUCCUCUCCUCCUCUCGGGAGGUCCCGAUCACCGUUCAAUGACAUCAUUGGUGGCUUGGGGGAGAACCAUGUUAGAGUGAGGCUUCUGAUGCGUGAUGCGCCCUCGGUCCGGGACAUCCGCC